UUUCUCUACCUGGUCAGGGUGCCCCCGCAAUAGUGAGGCUUGGUAUGGUGAAUAGAGAAGAACUGUGCUGUACUGUAGUGUAUUUCUGUUGUAGAUAACAGGUUUAAUUGAAACUUUAAUAAUUUUCAGCAAUGUCUAUGCGACCUGACGAUCACAGGCGAAAAUGGAACAGGGAAGAGUACGAAAGGAUAGCUCUUCAGCGUCUCCAGGAUGAGAUCGCUGAAGAGGAGUUGGGAAUUCCAAAACAACCAGCUGUGAAAAGAGAAUUGUUGAAACAGAGAGAUUACAAAGUUGAUCUUGAGUCUAAAUUAGGAAAAAGUGUUGUUAUUAACAAGAAUACACCAUCUUCUCAAACUGGAGGGUAUUAUUGCAAUGUAUGCGAUUGUGUUGUGAAGGACUCAAUUAAUUUCUUGGACCACAUCAAUGGAACAAAACAUCAACGUAAUUUGGGCAUGUCAAUGAAAAUAGAACGUUCUACAUUAGAUCAAGUUAAAGCCCGUUUUGCAAUGAAUAAAAAGAAGUUAGAAGAAAAGAAGAAGGAUUAUGAUCUAGAACAAAGAGUAAAAGAGUUGAAGUUGGAAGAAGAGAAGAUCAAGGAAUAUAGAAAAGAAAAGAGGAAAGACAGAAAGAGAAAAAUCGAUGAAGUUAAUGAAAACAAUCAUGGGCCUUUGGACGAAAUGGCAGCGAUAAUGGGUUUUAAAGACUUUGGGUCUAAGAAAAGGUGACAAUGAAGAUUUGCUGCAUUAUUUAUGACAAACAAAUGCCUUCUCUAAAGGGGGAAAACAGUGGUGCCACUUCAUAGUUUCGUGCAAUCUGUUGAGUUUGUAAAUUAACAUUGAUCCGUACAAGGUCAGGGAUCCACAAGACUGAUCUUAGCAUUACAAAAGAUUACUUUUGAUUUCAAUAUUUAUAUUCUCAGUGAAUUCCACCAUUUACCUAACUACUACCUUGUAUGACUUAAUGUUUCGUACACGAUACAACGAUAAAUCUAUUGAACGUAA